AAGACUGACAGUGCGGUUUGAAACUAAAAGUGAGACGAAUGUCCGGUGUAAAGAAAAUAAAGAAAACUGUACAUGAUGUACAUAAGAUGUAUCAAGUUUCGGUUUCUACACGGAUGUAUUUAAGUCACGGACAGUUGAUAUGCGCCGCCCAUUACGGUCUGGAGUUGUUCUUCGAGCAGUAAUGUACAGUUUCUGUUUUAUCUAUUCGUGCAGCAUUGUUCUUUAUAACCUACAUGCUGUUUUAUCAGGUGGCUUUGUUCAUCAUCGCCUGAAGUUUUAUUUGACACUGAAGGAAGGGAAGCAGAGUUCCUGAGAGAGCAAGAGUUUCUCUACAAGUUUUUUUUUUUAAUUAAUUAUUGCUGUUUUCUUUGAGACAUGGCGAGUGAAGGAAACGGCAUGUCCGACGCAAGGAUAGGAGAGGCCCUCAUUAAAGAGGUCAUAGAGGAGGAAUUGAAGGAUGUGCCCUCAGAAGACAUCCCGUCUCUCACUCAGCUGGCUGUCCCAGUAAGGACUGAGCAGGAGCAGAAGAUUGUGACCCAGCUCAGCAAAAUGAUCCGUAUCAUUGGUGACAGGGUCCAAGACGACAAGGAGUUCCAAGAUGCAAUAGAUGGGAUGGCUUGUUCCUCCGGCUCUAAAUGGGACUGCUUUAAGCAAGUGGCAGACAAAGUGUUUGAACAUGGAAUCACCUGGGAGAGGAUUGCUGUGCUCUUCUACGUUGCAGGCAAGCUGGCUCUCAAGAUGGCGGAGGCUCAUCUCCCUCAGUCAGUGAGGGAGAUUCUGAUGUGGACAGUGGAUUUUUUCAGAAACCAUCUACUGGGCUGGAUUCGGGAACAUGGAGGAUGGAUCAACAGUUUCUCUGAGCUGGCGGUGGCGUCCAUGCAGAGGGUGUCAUUGAUGAGCUCUCACACCUACGGCCUCACCCUUAUCUUUGUUGCCGGGCUGGCUUUAGGAAGCAUCAUCACCUGGAGAUUGGCCAAACAGCUUUGAGGCACAAGCACACACAUUUACACACAAAUAUUCGCAGAUACCUGAACAUUGGGGACCCAAACCUGGGUCCCCAAUGUUCUCAAAAAGUAAUUCUAGGCGUUUACCUAAAAGGUGGUAUUUGACCUGACUAUAGAAUGUUUACAGGAGGGUUUAUUAUUCAGUGUUGUCAUGUGACAGCAAAGUUCCCAGCUGUUAUGUCCUGAGGGGUAUUCCAGAAAGUGGGUUUAGUGAAAACUCUGAGUAUGUUAAGCCCGAAAUGAGGGAAACUCUGGGUUUUC